CUCAAGUUCUCCACCAUGGGAAGCAUGAAGGUGCAUCAGUUGGCACGUGCGCUGUGGGAGCACGAACCCUCACCCUCCCUCUCUCUCGGCUGCAAACGCCUCCGCCCUCUCGCCCCCAAGCUCCCUUCCUCCCCCACCUCUCCCACCACUCCCUUCGAUCUCAAGACCUUCAUCCGCCCAGAAAGUGGCCCCAGAAAACUCUCCGACGAUCCUCACAGAGAUUCCCCCCAGCAGGUGGAAACGCAUCCGGGAGGGACGAGAUGGAACCCCACGCAGGAACAGAUAGGGAUACUGGAGAUGCUGUACCGAGGGGGCAUGAGAACCCCCAAUGCUCAGCAGAUAGAGCAGAUCACGGCUCAGCUCGCCAAGUAUGGCAAGAUCGAAGGCAAGAAUGUCUUCUACUGGUUCCAGAACCACAAAGCACGCGAGAGGCAAAAGCAGAAACGCAACAAUCUUGCCCUCUCUCCAACUCCCAGAUCCACUGUUUCCAACCCCAUUACUACUACCACCACGACUACCGUGACUUUUGACGCAAGGCUGGGUGAAGUAGUGGGGACGGAGGAGGAUAGUCCGUACAAGAAGAAGUGCAUGAGCUGGGCGUUUGAGGGGUUCCAAGAACAAAGCAGGCCGUGUAAAGAGGAGGAACACACAACUCUGGAGCUUUUCCCGUUACACCCGGAAGGCAGAUGAAGGGGUUUCAUCAUUUGUCCGCCCAUGUUCUCUGCGCCCUGCAGCUUUUGUAACCACCAACGUGAUAUCUUUCUACUCAAAUACUCCUACUACUGAUUCAAUUAUGUGCGCUUUUCUUUAUUUUUCUUCUUUCUUUUGCUGCUGCUGGGGAAAGAAGAAAGACAAAGUUGCAUUGUGUCUCUCUGUACUCUACCACUUAAUGCUAUCCUCUCCUGACUUUCCUGCC